UUGGUGCACGCAUGAAACAUGUGAACCGCCUACAAUGUUACUGUACUAGCAAAUCAACUAGAACGCAUGCGUAGGCAGUGAAAUUCCACUAGAAUGGUAAAACACGCGGAAUAAAACUUUCCCAAGUCUACAUCAAGUCCAUUAUAAAUCUACCCGGGUGUGUCCCUCUCCCCCAUCACCUCAAAAACCUCUCCAACCCCACCGGACCACCACCGCCAGCCAACUCUCUCUCUCUCCCUCUCAGUCUCCAGUCCCGCAACACGACGAGAGGGCAGCAGGAAGGCGCCAUGGCCACCACCCGCGACGUCUCCACCGCCGCCGCCGCCGCCGCCGCCAUGUUCCACGUCUACCAGCCGAUGCCGAUGCCGAUGCCAUCCACGGCGGCGGCGGCCGACGCCGGCGCCAUGGUGCCGGCCCCCGCGACGAAGCAGGUCAAGAGGGAGGGCGGCGGCGGCAAGGACCGGCACAGCAAGGUGAACGGCCGGGGGCGGCGCGUGCGCAUGCCGAUCGUGUGCGCGGCGCGCGUGUUCCAGCUCACCCGCGAGCUGGGGCUCAAGUCGGACGGGCAGACCAUCGAGUGGCUGCUCCGCCAGGCCGAGCCGUCCAUCAUGGCCGCCACGGGCUCCGGCACCACCCCGGCCGUCUUCGUCUCCUCCUCCGCGCCCUCCACGUCCUCCUCCUCCUCCCACUACCACCAGGCCACGGCCACCGUCCUCGGGAAGCGCCAGCGCGAGGAAGGCGACGCAGCCAUGGGCACCGCCCCGGCGUCCGCGUUCUGGGCGGCGCUGCCGGCGGCGGCCGCGCCGCGGACCACGGAGGCCUGGGGCUUCUCGCCGCUGGAGGCGCAGGCUGCGGCGGCGUACGUUCCCAUGGCGCAGGCGCAGCACCACCACCACCUCAACCUGCUCGCCGCUCUCUCCGGCGCCGCCAGGCGCGCCGAGGAGGAGACCCGGUGACUCCGCUACGGCUUCUGACACGUACUGCCACAUCCGUCGCUCGCGCAUUGAUCGUUGUCCCUUGUCCGUGUGUUCAGCUCGGCAGCGUUUACGUUCUUCUUGAUUUUGUGUGUGCUCCUGUGCUCCCCUCUACCAGUCACUCCUGUGGUCGAGAUUUGAUGAAAGAUUUGGUGUGGUGCUUAGUGCUAAAUGUAAAUACGAGUCCUUGCUUAGAUCUUACUGCAUUCAUGUUAAAUCGGGUUGGGGGUUUCGCCGUCUGUGUUUAGGUUUUGUGCGCCCUUUUGGUUUCCAUGGAACUUGUUUCAGUUAGCAUCUUGUCUGUAUCAGCCUCAAGAAGUCAUUUAGUAGUACGUACUCCUACAAGCAUAAAUUCAUAAAGCUCAUAUUCUUUUGUGGUCAGGUCA